GCCGGUAGACCGGUUGAUGCGAGGUUGUUACGUUGAAUUGUUUGAGCUCGCCUGCGAUCGCGAUGGAUAAGAUAAAGUGUCUUUUUGACAAGUCAUUAACGAACGACGAUAUCUUCAUGAUCGGCGCUACCGUGGACACAGGUUUCGAGUGGCAGGCGAUUGACGAACACAGGGAGAAAAUUGACGGCGUCUCGGCGGAGGCGAUCAAGGAACGCGGGAGGAUAUAUUUUAACAUAAAGUGGGACCAAUAUGAGAAAGUCCAAGAAAUGAGAUCGAUAGACAAUGUAUUUAUAGUAGCUGAUGUGCAGACUGUUGCUUUUCACGGGACUGAUAAGAAAGUUGAUUUAGAAUUGUUCAAGGAUGCGGUGCACAAGCAUAUGAAUCUGAAUAAAUGUCUCGAUAUAUGGAAACGGGUGACAUGUUUUAUGGGAAAGCUAUAUCCUACAUUGGAGGAAUAUAAUUCUGCCAAAGAGCAAGCUCCUGUUACCAAAAAUGAAUCAGAGACUACUAAGAAAUCAAAGAUUAUUGGGGAGUCAGAUACUAUUAAUAGAUCAGAGACUGUUAAGGAGUCUGAGACCAUUAAGGAAUCAGAGACCAUUGAGGAGUCAGAGACUAUUAAUGGAUCAGAGACUGUUAAGGAGUCUGAGACCAUUAAGGAAUCAGAGACUAUUGAGGAGCCAGAAACUACUAAGGAGUCAGAUAUCACCAAAGAGUCAGAGAUCACUAAAGAAUCAGAGACUGUCAAGAAGUCAGAAACCACUAAGGAGUCAGGCGUCAUUAAAGAGUCAGAAAAUACUAAGGAGUCCGUGACCACUAAGGGUAGAAAAAGAGGCGUGGAUCCAUCAGAGUCAAAGGAGGACGAUAUACUUAGAUAUAGAGUAACAUGCGAAAGGUUUGGUGAACACAAAUUUGAGUCCACUGAUGUAGCCUAUGUUAUUGGAGGAGAAUUGCAGACCAAAUAUCACUGGGUAGUGGAUCUAUCCAAGUAUCACUUGGAGAUUAUCUGCAAAUUGACAGAACAACAACUGGUGACACUUUUACGUGUGACGCAUAAAUCUAAGCACCGCAGGAAUAUCGUGAGCUUCGGCCCGACCACUCUCAGGUCAACUAUAUGUUACAAUCUAAUAAGACUGGCGAAUCCUAAACCGGGUGAUAUAAUAAUUGACCCGAUGUGUGGGAGCGGAUCUAUUCCUAUAGAGGCGGCAUUGGCUUUUUCGCACUUAUGCAUUCUAUGCGGCGAUAACAACUCCAAAGCUCUGGAGAGAACAAAGUUCAAUAUAAACGGCUCGGCAACGGAAGCCAGAAUAAAUCCCGUGCAAUGGGUGGCUUUGAAUCUACCGCUCAAGGAUUCUUUCGUCGAUAUCAUUGUCACCGAUAUGCCUUUCGGCAAGAGAAGUGGAAAGAGAUCAAAUAACGAGCGUCUUUACAAACAAUUUUUGUUGGAACUCGGCCGUGUGGUUAAACAAUCAUCCGGACGACUGGUUCUGCUCACCCAUGACAAGCGGAGUUUUAAUCAAGCUUACAAGGCAGCGGGUGAUUUGUUCAUUCUAAUGAGAGCAGUCAGUGUGAAGAUAGGAGGCCUUCAAGUCAUAGCCUACGUUUUGAAACGAACGAACGUACAUUAUACACGUUUCAAACUACGACAUUAUUAAUCGAUUGACUUAUGUACCGCU